CGGAAGUGGCUAAUCCUGUAAUUAAAGCCAACAUGCUCGUUUAAGGGGCAUGGCACUCUCCAAGAAAAUGGACAACAUACACGAUGCUGCCAGGGUUGGUAACUUGAGUGCUUUAAAACAUGCCAUCAGGAGGGGAGAGGAUGUCAACAGUGUGGAUAGGGAUGACUGGACUCCACUCCAGAGGGCAGCCAGUGGAGGUCACACUGACUGUAUUAGAGAGCUGCUCUCCUCAGGAGCCGUGGUGGACCUGGCUGACAAGGAUGGGUGUACUCCACUCUAUUGGGCAGCCAAUGGAGGUCACACAUACUGUAUUAGAGAGCUGCUCUCCUCAGGAGCCGUGGUGAACCUGGCUAACAAGAGUGGGAACACUCCACUCAUAGUGGCAGCCAGCUCCGGUCACACUGACUGUAUUAGUGAGCUGCUCUCCUCAGGAGUCGUGGUGGACCUAGCUGAUGAGGAUGGGGACACUUCACUCAUAAGGGCAGCCAUGGGAGGUUACACCGACUGUGUAAGAGAGCUGCUCUCCUCAGGCGCCGUGGUGGACCUGGCUAACAAGAAUGGGUGUACUCCACUCUAUUGGGCAGCCAUGGGAGGUUACACCGUCUGUGUAAGAGAGCUGCUCUCCUCAGGAGCCGUGGUGGACCUGGCUAACAAGGAUGGGUGUACUCCACUCUAUUGGGCAGCCAAUGGAGGUUACACCGACUGUGUAAGAGAGCUGCUCUCCUCGGGAGCCGUGGUGGACCUGGCUAACAAGAGUGGGAACACUCCACUCAUAGUGGCAGCCAGCUUCGGUCACACUGACUGUAUUAGUGAGCUGCUCUCCUCAGGAGUCGUGGUGGACCUGGCUGAUGAGGAUGGGGACACUUCACUCAUAAGGGCAGCCAUGGGAGGUUACACCGACUGUGUAAGAGAGCUGCUCUCCUCAGGAGCCGUGGUGGACCUGGCUAACAAGGAUGGAUGUACUCCACUCCAUUGGGCAGCCAUGGGAGAUUACACCGACUGUGUAAGAGAGCUGCUCUCCUCAGGAGCCGUGGUGGACCUGGCUAACAAGGAUGGGCGUACUCCACUCUAUUGGGCAGCCAAUGAAUGGCACACUGACUGUGUUCGAGAGCUGCUCUCCUCAGGAGCCGUGGUGGACCUGGCUGACAAGGAUGGGGACACUCCACUCAUGGUAGCAGCCUACUGGGGACGUGAAGAUACUGUGAAGGAGCUUCUCUCAUCAGGGGCUUCCCCUUUCUGCACUGAUAAUCGUGGACAGACUGCUCUGAUGGAGGCCAAGAGUUCACAUUACUCUAACCCUUCAACAAUAAAGCUCCUUGAAGAAGCUACUGAAUCACAUUCACGUCCGCAGUCUGUUCCAGUCCUACCCAAGAACUGGAUUGUCGUUACUGACACAGAAACGAAGAAGCCAGUCUACCAGAACAAGGCUGCAGGGGAAACUCUCUCCACACCACCUGGAUAUCCCCUGCACCAAACCUCCGCACACCCUGAUGUCACUUUUUACGACGAGCCUCAAGAGAAGGAGUUCACCUCCAGUGGUGGCCAUGCUGACUUUGACAAUGGAGUUCAAGUGACUAUUCCAGCUAAUGCUGUCCCAGCAGGGACCUCUGUGGGCAUUAAAGUCCAACCCAGCCUUGCUUCCAAUGACGUGUUUGUUAUGCCUGAAGGCAUUCAGUCUGCCAGUCCGUCCUACUUGAUCUCUGGUGAGGGUCUAAACGGAGAGGUGACCCUGAGCAUGGAGCAUCAUGUACGAGUGUCCACCCAACAAGAAGCUGAUGACCUCCUCUUUCUCCAAGCUGACUCGUCCCCCAAGAGAUCUGGUACAAAGAGUAUGUACCAGUACCGGGAGGUACAAAAGGGAAGGUCAGAGUUCCCUCCUGGAGGGGACACCGGGAGACUGACGCUGAGUACACGACUGAAGAACUUCUUUAAAAUUGGGAGGAGAAAAAGAGGCAAUACUGACAGUAACCUCUACACUGUCAGAGUCUACCGGUCUCCUCCACACACAACUGGGGACAGGCUAGCCAUCAUUGUAGCCAGUCUCUGUGGGAGCUUAUACGCUAAGUUUCUAGAGACACUUGAUAAAGUGAUAAUCCCACGAGACUAUCCCAAUGUGUCGAGAGAAGCGGCUGACAGGACAACUCUAGAAUCACUGACGUUUGUUGAUAUGUUUGCCACUCUCAACAUUCACCCAGUGCAGGGAUGGUCUGUGGAACCAGACAAGGAAUUGAUCUCGCGUAGUGAAGUGGAUCAGCCUGAGGUGGAGAAGUUCAGACCUGAGGAUCUCCACAACUACCCUCCCAGGAUAAUCUGCAGGCUCUUCCCUGAGAAGAAUGCUCCCAAGAGAACCACCUGUACCAUCUCCUUGUCUGGACUACUGCCACAGGUCAAAGUUCACCUCUCAUUGAAAUUACUCACCCCCAAAGUUGUUGUGGAUACUACUAAACUACAGGAAGCCACUGAAGUACUGAGAAGAACAGUUGGUGAGAUGACCACCUCACAGCUUGGCUCUACUGUGGAGACUGUACUGUCACUAAUGGAGAAAAUGACAACUGCACUUCAGUCAUCUUCUCUGAGUGAGCUGACAGCCCACACUGACUCCAUACGGACAGAGAUAAAGGCUGUCCUUGUAGUGACCAGGAGGGUUGUCCAGGAGUGCACAGUACAGAGCAUCAGUGAGAACAUGAGAGCCAGUCUCUCUAAGAUGGAGACUUUAUCUCACCAGCUUUGUCAAGUGACCAAGGUUAAAAUCAGAUACUGUCUAGACCAGUCAGAUGAAACAGCUGCUCUUGUUGACCUGGUAGAGAAUGGAGCUAAUCUGUUGAGAGCUGUGGACUGUCUACUGAGGGACAUCCACAUACUCAGUGGAGUCAGUGGCCUGGCAGAGAGGAUAGACAUUGAACACCCUCUACUCAACAACGAGAUUGAGACAACAGAGUUCGUUUAUUUGGCGGCUCAUUUGGACAACGUGAGAAUGUACUCUCUAGCGUUGGGACUCACUCCUGCUCAGCAAGCUGAUGUGAGGCAGAUUAAAGUUUUAGAAGACACACAAACGGCCAUGAUGCAAUGCUUGUCCCUGUGGCAAAGUAGAAACCCAGCUGCUGCAACAUAUAGAACUCUUAUUAAAGUACUCCAAAAUAUGAGAAGAGACGAAAUUGCUAGUAAAGUUUUUAAACAUUGCCUAGAGAAGGAACAAUAAACUGUACACUUGAUCAUAAUUAUAAUUAUUGUUACUUUAGCCUUAUUUGUUUUGUGCCUCUUAUGUAUGAAAAUCGGUUUGUUUGUAUUAUAAUUUGAA